AUGCCUGAAAAUCCUGCUGCAGAUAAACAGCAGGUGCUACAGAUCCUUGAUCGUCUGCAAGCGAAACUGCGUGAGAAAAGAGAUUCCCAACAUAAUGAAAACCUGACUGUUCUGCGUAACACGCUCAGGAGCCCUUUGUUUAACCAGAUACUGACCCUCCAGCAAUCCAUCAAGCAACUGAAGGAACAACUCAAUUAUAUGCCUCCUGACCGUUCAGUAGAUUUCGAUUUUACUAAGAGAGGGCUACUGGUGUUUGCUGACAGAUCAGUUGCUGCUGGGAACGUGUAUACACCGUGCAGUUCACCUGAACCCAAAGCAUCUACCUUCGCUCCAAACCUGGGAGUUAAGGAAUUUAACGCAAUCAUCCAACAGAUGGCAAAGGGGAGACAAAUAGAAUCGAUAAAGAUUGAAAAGCCUUCUGUUGGAGGUCUUGGAUUUAGUGUGGUUGCCCUUAAAAAUCACAGCUUGGGAGAAGUUGGUAUCUUUGUCAAGGAAGUCCAGCCAGGAAGCAUAGCUGACAGGGAUCAAAGACUGAAGGAAAAUGACCACAUACUGGCCAUUAAUUGCACCCCAUUGGAUCAGAACAUUUCCCAUCAGCACGCUAUUGCCCUCCUCCAGCAAUCCACAGGAUCUCUACAUCUGGUUGUUGCUAGGGAGCCAGUUCACGGAAACAGCAGAACUUCGGCUGUCUUAUUAAGUGAUAUAAAUCCACCUGAGACCAUUCACUGGGGCCACGUUGAAGACGUUGAGCUGAUUAACGAUGGUUCAGGAUUAGGCUUUGGAAUUGUAGGAGGAAAGUCGAGUGGAGUAGUUGUAAGAACAAUUGUUCCUGGGGGAUUAGCAGAUCGGGAUGGGAGGCUCCGGACAGGAGAUCACAUCUUACAGAUUGGAGGCACCAAUGUGCAAGGAAUGACCAGUGAGCAAGUUGCCCAAGUGCUGAGGAACUGUGGGAAUUCUGUUAGGAUGAUUGUUGCAAGAGACCCGAAGUGUGAAAUUAUGGAGGCUCCACCAGCUCCUGUGAGCUGGCCAGUCAGUACAUUACCUUCCUUUCAAAAUGGAAACGAUAAUACCGACUUUUUUGAGACCUGUGAUGUUGAACUUAUAAAAAAGAAUGGGCAAAGCCUGGGGAUAACAAUUGUCGGAUAUGCUGGCACAUGUGAUGUGGCUGAACCUUCAGGGAUUUUUGUGAAAAAUAUAAUACCUGGUAGUGCUGCUGACCACAAUGGCCAGAUUCAUGUUCAUGACAAGAUUGUUGCUGUUGAUGGAGUUAAUAUACAGGAUUAUACCAACCAAGAAGUAGUAGAGGCAUUGCGUAACACAGGACAGAUUGUACGCCUUACUUUACUGAGAAGGAAACCUUCUUCUAUUAUUUCUUCAGAAGGACCUUCAGAUAGAGUGCAGCCAAUAGUUCCAACCUUUGUGUCCCCUGGAGCUGUAGGGACUGAAACUAGUGUGGAUACUAAGAAAGAGAAAAACAAAGAACAGAAGGAUAAUCUUCAAUAUGAAAAGAAGCAGAGCCUACAUAAAACAGGAACAGUCCCACUCCCUCCAGCCUAUGAGCUGAAAUCCAAGUGGGAAAACCUGCUGGGACCUGAAUACACAGUUAUGGUUGUGAAUGUGGAUAUGCCCAUUACAGAUGACUCAGAGCUUCAGAAGUACUCGAAGCUAUUACCCAUCCACACUUUGAGAUUAGGAGUUGAGCUUGACACGUUUGAUGGACACCAUUAUAUAUCAUCAAUUGCUUCAGAUGGUCCAGCUGCAACACUUGGUCUUCUGCAACUGGAGGAUGAACUUCUGGAGGUAAAUGGAGUUCAGCUAUGUGGAAAAUCACGCCGUGAGGCUAUCACUUUUCUAAAAGAAGUGCCACCCCCAUUUACACUGGUUUGCUGUCGGCGACUUUUUGAUGACGGCAGUGAGUCCCUUGUGGAUGAACCCACCGUGGGAGCUUCCCCUCCAGAACAAAAGGUGAAACUGGAGGAAGACAUGAAUCCUGAGGAGGAAGAAGGGGAAUUAGCAUUAUGGUCUCCUGAUGUGAGAGUUAUUGAACUGGAGAAAGACAAAAAUGGUUUAGGAUUCAGCAUUUUAGACUAUCAGAACCCCAGAAACCCUGCUCGUACGGACGUGGUCGUUGAUGACAGUGAGCGACGCCAGACGUGCUGCAGAAGUGGAGGAACGCUGAGCAAUUAG